UUGCUUUCCCUGUUCAAACUCGUGAGAGCUUUGAGGGCUGUUUGGAUUAGUGAUGCAAGGCCUGUGGUUUACUCAGCAGCUUUAGUGCACUGUGGAAGUCGGAGAGAAAAGAACUGCACAGAUUUUAACCUUGAUUACUAAGCAGGGGGUGGAGGUACAGAGAGAGAGAGUUAACGAGAGAAGGAAACCAGGGGAAGAAAGAAAGGGAAGAAGGAGAGAGAUUUCACAAAGCUUCUUGGCGAAUCAGGUGGACGAUUCAGUUUUUUGUCUUUCAGCUGACCUCUGUCGUCUUUCAUCUUUUAUUUUAUCUCAUCGGCUGAUCUAGUGCAAAAUGGAAACAGACUCUGUGACUUGCCCUCAGAAAUCUGAAUCCCAGGAUGAAUGCAGUAGUGAAGCAGGAAAAGUCAGCUUUACUGAACAUAUGGAAACAGCAAUAAUAGAAGAUCACAUGCAGGAAAAGAAAGGCACAGAUACAGACCUCCAAGACAUUAACAAGGACACAGAAGCUAUUAUAGGGUUCGAAAAAACAGAAACACCUGACAGCAGUUUCCAUCCUCAACCUCACGCUCAUCCCACCUCCUCACCAGCAGAUGGAGCCGUUGAGCCAACAAGGGAAGACUUGAGCAGUAAAGUUGAAAAUGACCUGGAUGGUGACCAGGGUCAAGAGUGGCCACCAGUGCCAGGACUGGAAAAAGAUAUCCAACCAGAGAGGAAUGAAUGUCAAGCCACUGAGAUUCAGGAUGAGGUGAAGGAAAACACCGAAACCAAUGUUCAGACAUCUGUGAAAGACACUGAGGGUGAAGAACCUGUUACCUUGAGACAGGCAGACAAAGGCACUGACUCACCACAAGUGCCAAAGUUGACCAAAGAAGAAGAGGGACAUGAGCUUGAGUCACAUGGUGACUCCGACUCAAUUGUGUUCCUAUCAGAAAACAGUGAAGAGCUAAAUAUAGACUGCAAACCUUUGGACUUCCCCACCACCAGAGAGCAGUGGGUGAGACGGGACAGUCGUUGUGAUGAACCACCAAAUCUGAAGUAUUCCAAAAGCUCUUCAAAAAGUCUUCUCACUGAAACCGAACCUUCAUCAAGCAUCCAAAGUGUAUCCAUAAAUGAAUCUGGGGUUAAUGUAGAGAAUGUCCAGCAGGGGGAGCUUGAGGUAAACAACCCAAGUGGUAUGAAUGAGAAUGAGUUGGUACAACAGGUGUUUGGUGCUGCUCCGCCCCUAGAAACAGUUCUAGGCGAGCCAGCCAAUCCAGAACCAGGUAACUCUGCCUGUAUCUCUACGGAAGUAAAAGAGCCAUUGAUUAUGUCACACGGGAGGAGGGACAGUGCAAGGGAGGAGAGAGAGUGUAGUGAAACAGGUGAAGAGCGAAAGCAAACAGUGCGUUUCACAGAAACAGGUGGGACCGGAGGAAAGCAGCUGGAGGAGGUUAAAGAUCAAAGACAGGAACGGGAAAACAAAGGACAGAGAGCAGAGUCCGAGUCAAACUCAAAGCCUCAUCCCGGAGAAGGGAAAGUCAAGAGAAUGCAGGUGGAUAAUUUUGAUGACAGCCAGAGCGAUAGCGGUGUCUCAGCAGAUUUCUCCCCCAACAGCACAACAGAUGUCUCGGAGGGCCUUGUUAACAUUGAUGCUCCUCAGCCCUUUGAAUCUCCACCUAACGAAACUCCCAUUGAGCGGGAAAUCCGUUUGGCUGUAAAGAGAGAGCAGAGUCUACGGCGUUCUCGAGGACUGUGUGACACAACUGACAAGACUAAUGAGUUUGUGGAAAUUCCAUUGAGGAGACCUAUUCUGUCCCAGGACCUCCAGAUAAGACCCCUCUCAGGCCUUGACAAGGACCGGCAGUUUGCUGGAAAGAAGAUGCAGAAGGAAAUCAGCGCAGAGACAGAGAGGGAGAAGGUUCUGGUUGAACUGGGCAGACUACCUGGCUUCUAUGACAAGGGAACAGAGGUACAGCUUCAAGAAAAAAAGUUGCUCUUCGAGUCAUUUCAAGAACCGAAGGAAUCAAUGGCCGCCUUUAGCAGAAGAUCUGCCUCAAACUCCACUUACGUAGAGUCUGCUGCUGAAAUACAGGAAGUUGCUUCUGCCGUUAGACAACGCCUAAUGCAAUUCUCGCAAAAUUCUCCCACCCCACCAGCCAUGGCCCAGUAUGGAGGCACCAACGGCAACCCGCCUGCUGCUCGAGGACCUGGUCUAACUGAGGGAAUUACGGGCCAGAUAAUCAUAAUAGAGGCCAAUUCUAUUCCCACAACUGUGGGAGGACCAAACGGGGGUUAUAAGACAGCCUCACGGACAGAUGGAGGAUCCGUAAAAGUGAUGAAUCCAGUGGGUGUGAGGGCUUCUUCUGCAGAGCCUGUUAGUGCAAGACAAAGACCAAAUUUAGAAGUGACUGAAGAUGAAGACUCAAGUAUAGUAAAGGAGAACCCUUUCUUCAAGCUCCGCUCCUCUAUGACUCUGCAGCCUCAGGUGGAGCUGGACAUUAAGGAGGCAAAGGAAAGGGAAAGAGAACUACAGAGACAGAGAAACAGUCUUUAUGGAGGAGCAUCCAUAUAUCUGGAAGAAGAAAAGGGAACAAGAAUGAAUCUGAGGACAGAAAGUGGAGUGAAAGAGGGAACGGGAUCCUCUAACAAAGAGAUUCUUAGUUCCCCACCUCCACGGACAAAUCUGACUCCAACAGGCCGCCAUUCAGAGAUGUUAACCACCACUACAUCAGUGCGACAAUCCACUGGAAAACUGGGCCUAACAUGGCCACCACCCCAAGCUGAUGAAGAACAAAGACAACUGCCAGAGUUAAUGUCAUUGCAUGUAAAAGAGCAGUCAAGACAUUCUUCCAAAUAUCUCCUUCAUGGAGACAAAAUGUCAGAUGGGUUUAAAACAACACAAGGAAAACACUAAAGAUCCCAAGGCAGCGAAAUCCGCUGCUUGAACGAUGGGAGUCAGGGAUGGUGAACGGCCAAGUGGAAGACAACAACUGAGACUGAACCCCAACUACAGCAUCCUGGCAUAAACAACAUGAACCGCCCAGACAACCAAGUGCGCCUGCAUAAAAUAAAGCAUAUGAACAAAUGAUCAGUUUCCCCAGAAAUAUCUCUGAUCUUUUAAAGCAAAGCAGUACCACGUGCCAUUAUGGGUGGAUAAAGAGAAUCACUUGCCUCAAAAAGACACUGCGAUAUGCACAUUCUACAACACACACCAUGUAAAUAGCUGAUGGUGUUAAUGUUAGUAUGAUUGUUGGGCAGUGUUGAUUGAUGUUACAUGGGCUCAAAUGAUUUCAGUGUAAUAACUAUGUAAUUUUCAAUGUAAAUCUCAGCUUUACAGCUAUACAGUUAUUUAUAAUCAAUAAACAUAGCUGCUCAUCUCAUAGUAUCAAAACAGUAUAACAGUCUAAAGACUGGAUUAUAUACAAAAUAUAUUUUAAUAAAAAUUAUUGGAUAGACAUUUCAUUACUCAUUAGAAAAGCUAAAUUAAACUAAUUGGGAAAUGGCUUUAUUGAUGCAUAUCUAAAAAUUAAUAAAACAAUUAUAUAUAUAUAAAAAAAA